AUGACCUUUCAAUCAUUUUGGGACAGUUUUGAUAGUGCUAUCCAUUCAAACCAAGUAUUAAAUGACAUUUCUAAAUUCAAUUACCUCAAAAGUCUCUUAGAAGGAAAUGCGAGUCUUUCAAUCCAAGGUUUAGCCAUAACAGGUGAAAAUUAUAGAACUGCAAUUAAAAUUCUUAAAGAAAGAUUUGGAGACGAACAAGUGAUAAUAAGCGCUCACAUGGAUGCUCUUCUCAACUUUCAACCUACUCAAAGUAAUAAAGUCUCUGAAAUCCGAACAAUCUUCGACUUAGUCGAAAUUUAUACUAAAAACUUAGAACUCUUAAAUGUUAACUCAGAGGAUUUUGGUCCAGUACUUGUAUCAGUAAUAAUGAGUAAAUUGCCUAAAGACUUCAAACUCGACAUUACACGAAAGAUGCCUCAAGGAAAGUGGAAAAUAAUAGACCUUAUGAACUGCUUCAGAGAGGAACUUAUAGCUCGUGAGCGUUGUAUAUCUAUGGAAAAAGGAAUGAGUAACUUAGACAUAAAUCAAGAUCAUUUUUCAAAAUACAUAUCAACAUUGCACUCUCAACAAAAACAUGUAAAACCAAGAGACUGGCAACCCAAAUCAGUUAAGCUCAUUUCUUGUUCAUUUUGUAAAGGUAAGCAUCCAAGUAAUCGGUGUAAUGUUGUUACAGAUUGUAAUGGUAAGCAUCAUAUUUCAAUUUGUGAUAAAAAAAACAAUGCUGGAGCUUAUGUAAACUCAAAUUCAGAUAAAACCAUACCAGACACCUCAGUCAAUGUUGUUGGUUGUCAAGAUAAUAUUCUCCUACAAACUGCAAAAGCUGAAAUAUCAGACACAAGCAACUCAAUAAAAAAAACUAAAAUUGUUGCAAGAGUGUUAUUUGAUAAUUGCUCUCAAAAGUCCUUUGCGACAUCUGAUGUAAGAAAGAAGUUGAAUCUAAAAACUAUUCGAAACGAAAUUCUAAAUGUAAAAGUGUUUGGAGAAAGCUGUGAAAAGCCUCGAAAAUUUGACCUUGCCAGUAUUAAAAUUAAAAACAUCCAAACCAAUCAUUAUUCUACAAUCGAAGCAUAUGUUACACCAAUCAUAUGCUCUCCUAUUAUCAAUCAACGAAUCGACCUUGCAAAAUUGCAGCACACAGAAUUAGCCAAUAUACCGAUAGGUGACGAUUUAAAAGAUGGAAAAGAAAUUGACAUAUUAAUAGCAUCUGUUCUUCAUACAUCUUCUGAACCAAUCUUAGUUAAUUCUGACGAUCUCGGCAGUCUUGGUAAAUUCUGGGAAUUAGAAGAUAUUAAUGAAAUAAACACAACCUUUGACUUAAAAAAUUUCUAUGACAAAAUCCAGUUUAAUGGUAAGAGAUAUUCCGUACCUUGGAAACAAGAACGCAAACAGAUUCCAGAUAAUUAUGAGAAAAGCAAACUCAGAUUGCUAUCAACUUACAAUCGUCUCAAGAAAAAUCUAAACUUAUUGCAACAGUACAAUGAGAUUAUACGUCAGCAAGAACAUGAAGGAAUUAUAGAAAGAAUCCCCGAUUUUCCACCACUCGUAGGACAAGUCCAUUAUCUUCCGCAUCACGCAGUAAUCAAAGAGGAAAAGUCUACCACAAAAUUACGAAUUGUCUUUGAUGCAUCGUCAAAUAGUCCUUCAUUAAACGAUUGUUUGGAAAAGGGUCCUUGCCUGCUUCCCAUGUUAAUUGAUAUUCUUAUAAGAUUUGGGACUUACAAAAUAGCAGUAGCUAGUGAUAUCGAAAAAGCAUUUCUCAACAUUGCUGUAAACAAAAAUGAUCGUGACUUUUUGAGAUUCUUGUGGUUCGACAAUGUAAACAACAGCAAUCCAAAAGUUAUUUCUUAUCGCUAUACUAGAGUACUAUUUGGUAUAAACUCGUCACAAUUCUUAUUAUUAGUAUCUAUCAUGAAACAUUUAUAUCAAUACAAACAUUGCGAUCCAGAAUUUGUGAACAAUUUCUUAAUAAAUUUAUAUCUUGACGAUAGCAUUGCAGGAGGAGAUACAUCAAAUGAGGGACUCGAAUUUUGCCUCAAAGCAAAAUCACGUCUAAAGACAGCAGGGUUAAACCUUAGAAAAUGGCGUUCAAAUAACAGUCGCCUUAUAUCAAAUAUAUCAUCUUUCAAUCCACAAGAUCACCCAAGUGCGGAAAGUAAAAUCCUAGGCAUCACAUUGGACACUGGUCAUGACAAAUUGUCAAUUAAACUAACUAAACAAUAUGAAGCUGGAACAAAUAAAAGAGUCACAAAGAGAAAUGUUCUAAAAAUUAUUGCAUCUAUAUAUGACCCGAUCGGAAUCAUUUCUUCCUUAAUUUUACCACUGAAGCUCAUUUUUCAAAAAAUAUGCACUACAAUAAAAGAUUGGGACAAGGAGCUAAAUGACGAGUUAAAAAAUGAGUGGAAUCAGUUAAUGAAGUUAUUAUCUUGUAAUCUUGUGUAUGAGUGGCAUCGCUAUUUCUUUAAAGAACAUUUAAUAAAAAACUUAACUAACAUAACUAUACAUGGCUUUUGUGAUGCCAGCAAAAGUGCAUACGCAGCUGUAGUUUUUAUAACUGCCCAAACUCCUGAUAAACAGAUUCUAGGUAGACUUAUUGCCAGCAAAACAAAGAUCUCUCCGCUAAAACCUAUAUCCAUUCCUAAAUUGGAACUGUCUUCUUGUCUACUGCUAUCUUCACUUAUGGCAUGUGUAAUUGAGUCUUUAAAUAGUACCCUUAAAAUAGAGAAUAUUUACUGUUGGAGCGAUGCAAUGGAUGCUUUAUGCUGGAUAAAGAAUAGUCUGCAAACAGAAACCAAUUCAUUACAAAUAGAAUAA